AUGAACACCCCCAGGGUUCUUUCUUCCAACAUAUUCAAUUCCCUGAAGCAUGUCAACCGCGGUUCGCAAUGGUCCCGUGUUGCUCAAGGUGUAAGCCCUUGCGAUUCUCUAGCAAUUUGUAGGACCAAGUCGUCCGCUCUUCGCUUCUCAACGGGAACUAAGCCGUACCAAGGACGGAUCAUCCCUUUGCGUAUUGGCGCAAACCUGGUCAAUGAAUAUUUCACGCCCCUUUGGCUUAGAGACAAUUGUCAGUGCCCGAAAUGCAUUCAUCCAGACACCAAGCAAAGGCAGGUGGACACAUUCUCUAUCCCUAGCACCAUUAUGCCCACGAACAUCGAGUACAAAGGCAACACAACAAUUGAAAUUGAAUGGGACGACGGACAUCAUAGCACGUAUCCGAUGGAAUGGCUCAGAACCCGUCGGCGUCCCCUUAAACAAGCGACUGGCGGCUUGCCGUUGACAAUUAGGCCAUGCAGAAUGCUGCGCGAUGAUGGAAGCCCUUAUCCCACCGUCUACUAUGACCAGAUAAUGGCAGGGGAUCAGGGUGUGCGCGUAUGGCUUGAAACCAUACACCUCUGGGGUUUCUGUCUUGUCAAAGAUGUUCCCGUCAACCCGGAGUCAACCAAGGCUCUUUUAGAGAAAAUAGCCUUCAUCAGAGAGACUCAUUAUGGUGGAUUUUAUGACUUCACUGCGGAUAUGACCUUCAAGGACACUGCGUAUACAACAGAUGCCAUAGGUGCUCAUACGGAUAAUACGUACUUCACGGAUCCGUCGAGACUCCAGAUGUUCCAUCUUCUAUCCCACACAGAAGGGGAAGGCGGAGCUAGCUUACUCGUCGACGGCUUCUUGGCUGCAAAGACUAUGCUGAAGGAGAAACCGCACCUCCUGCACUCACUAACCAAAGUCCCGCAGCCAUUUCAUGCCAGUGGUAACGAGGAUGUUUGCAUCACACCUUUAUCCCAAGCCCCUGUUCUCAGUGUCAGACCUGGCACCAGACAGCUGUAUCAGAUUCGUUGGAACAACUAUGAUCGAGCAGCGAAGACAGACUGGACGUACGAUCAACAGCAACGGUGGUAUGAGGCAGCGCGGUAUUGGAACAGUAUUAUUCAGCGUCCGGAAUUAGAGAGGUGGAUGCAACUUGAACCUGGAACAGCCCUCAUUUUCGAUAACUGGAGAAUGCUCCACGGUCGUACGGCAUUCACUGGAAAACGAAGGAUGUGUGGUGGCUACAUCAACAACGAUGACUUCUUAUCACGACUGCGUCUUCUCAAAUUCGGUCGCGAAAGCGUUCUGAAUAACAUUGGAAAUACCACAUUGAAGCGUCAGAACCCGAACAUAUGGAUCUGA